AUGGCUCCGAGGAAGGGAUCCGUUUUGCUGGCUAUCUCUUCACUAUUACGUCUCUUAUAUGUGCUCCUCACUAGCAUUGCAUCAGCUUCUGGUGUAUCUUUCUUUGGAGAUGGUUAUGUGGAAGUUAGAGAGCCAGGGUCACUUACUUUCAGUAGACUCUCCAUGAAGUUCUUGACCAGUAGACGCAAUGGGAUUCUCUUCCUGGCUGCAGGCCGCAAUGAUUACCUGCUGAUGGAGUUACAUGCUGGAGCAUUACAGGUGAAAUUGCAACUUGGAUCUAGGGAAGUGAUACUGGAUUCUCAGAAGGGUCUAAAGCUUAACAAUCUUAUCUGGCAUGAUGUUUAUCUUGUUCAUGAGAACAAGGCUCUAACCUUGACUGUAGAUGGACUCUUAACGGCUGUGGAAGUACCUGAUGACUUUAAUAAACUGCAAGUCAACUUUGGCUUGUAUUUGGGUGGACCUGGAGAUGCAAAGACCCCCUACUUAUCAAGGACAUCUACCAUGUUCAGAGGUUGUAUUUCCAGGGCCGAGUUUAAUGAUCAUGACGUCUUAUCCUCACUUGUUUCACACCCUGAGUAUAACAUAGAGGAUGGAUGCAGCAAUGUUAUUGUAGCAGGGGACAAUUAUCCUGCCAACUUUCUAGGCCCAAGAUCCUUUAUUUCUCUUCCAAGCUGGAGUACAAAAGAAGAAAGAAGAUUUGAGUGCUUUCUGAAGACGGUGAUUUUGCAGGCCCCUUUACUUUACCACGCGGGAUGGCAAACAAACUUUAUUGCUUUAGAAAUUGCAGAUGGUCAUUUGAGAGUCUUAAUUGACAAUGGAAGUGGAAUUGUGGUACUGGACAAUACUCAUUUUGUUAGUGAUGGAAAAUGGCACAGCGUUAAACUGAUUUUCAAUACAAGUUAUGUACAACUUAUAGUAGAUGAUAAAUUAUUCCAAAACCAACUAAUUGACAAUAAGGUGGCAUAUCUGAGUCUCCAAGGGCAUCUGUUCAUUGGUGGAAUAGAUAACAGAACUUCAUCUGAAUUAAUUAAACGUGGUCCCUCCUAUGUGUUAGCAGAAAGAACGGCAUCUGGCUCCUUCAUUGGUUGUAUUCACAACAUACGGGUAAACUCAGAGAAGAAAAGCUUGGCUGAUGCAUUAGUCACCAGGGCUAUUAAUACUGCAUGUAAGAAUGAAGAGAAUGAGGGAAUGGAGGAAGGUGAAAACAAGCUAGAAGGUAUGGUUUCACGUGUACCCACUUCAAGUUUUAAGGGGAGUCUGAAGAACAAUCCACCAUGUCUGAUCACUAAAAACAUGUCCAAUAUCUUCAAUGAUUUUACAAGACUAUUGGAUCUGACACCAUUGACUGUAAAGGAAGCAGGAAGUUCUACCUUGGAGCUCCAACACAUCCAUCUCACUAUUGAUCUGCGCAGAAUUGGAAUAAGACAUUCCCAGGUAGUUUUCAAGAUAAUUCAGGAUGGCAGACAUGGACACCUGGAACUAAAUAUUCCAGGUGCCAAAGGUAGAAAAGCAUUUACAUUUUUGGAUGUAACCAGACAUCAUGUUAAAUACCAUCACGAUGGGUCUGAAGGGUUGUUUGACCAGUUAAUAUUUGAAGUAUCUGUUCACAGCAAGCAAGAGAUCCCUAAUUGUUUAAAGAAGGGUCAACGGUAUAUUUUUAAUGUAACAAUCACCCCAGUCAAUGACCCUCCAGAACUAACCUUCCCAAAUGGGAAUCUUAUAACGAUUCUUCAAAAUACCUGGAAAACCCUUGGUCCAGAUGUCAUUCUACCCAUAGACACUGACAACAUUUGUGCUGAAUUAAAAAUCAUUGUAAUUAAUAAAGAAGAUCGAGGUUAUGUUGAAGAUGCGAGAAAACCCAACCAGAGAAUUGGAGAAUUUUCAUGUAAGGAUCUUAAAGCAGGAAAUAUUCGCUAUGUUCACAGUGGGGCAAAAGUGUCCCAGUUGUUGCUUCAGGUCAGUGAUGGAGAAAGAAUGAGUGAUGUAACUCCCUUGAGAAUUGUGGCUGUGAAACCUGAUGUGCAAUUGGGCAAGAACACUGGUUUAAUUCUUCCACAAGGGGGUGUGAGUCUAAUAACCAUCAGCAAUCUGUCUGUGGAGACCAAUGCAUUCAGGCAGGAAGUGGAUGUCUUGUAUAACAUUACCGAGCCAUUACAUUAUGGUGAGGUCCAGAAACUUGACAGUCCUGGGAAAUGGAAAUCAGUGAGGACCUUUCAUCAGUAUGAUAUAGAACAGGGCCACCUUCGAUACUUCAGCACAGAUCCUGAGUUUCGUAGGCAAGACAUUACUGAGAAACUUAAGUUUUCAGUGACAAUUGGACAACAAAUUCUUGAAAACAAUGUAUUUCUUAUAAAGAUAAAGAGUGCCAAAAUAACACUUCUCAGAAUAUCUCCAAAUGAGUUAAAUAAUGUUAGACGAGGAAAGAUUACACACGAUGAACUUGAGGCUGCAAUAGAAGGACAUUCAAUCCCUGCUGACCUGUUCAGGUAUGUGAUUCUAAAGUCUCCUGAUAAAGGAAAGUUACUGGUGGUAAAUGAGGAGCUAAGAGCAGGAUCCACCUUCACUCAAGAGGACUUAAAGCAAGUAGGACUCACUUAUGUGGCUACUGUUAGAAACACUGAAGAAACCCAAGACAGUUUCCAGUUUCAAGUUUUUGUUGGAGACCAACAGUCCCCUGUAUAUACUUAUCCAAUAUUGAUCGGCAUUGAUCCAGAUGUACCAAUUUUGAUGAGUAAGGCAUUAGUUGUGGUAGAAGGAGGCACAAAAAUCAUAACCAAGGAUCAACUUUUCACUGUAGGUCAGAGUACCACUGCUUUUGUGUAUAACAUUACAGAGGGCCCUCAGCAUGGAGAGCUGAUCAUACGGCCAGGCAUCAAGGAACCCGUCACAAUCUUUACCAAUGAUGACAUUCUCCAGCAGCGGUUAAUGUAUAAGCAUGAUGACUCUGAAACCCUGGAAGACAAGAUUGGUUUUGUUGUUGUGGAACAGUUUAAAGGUGAUGGACCUGAGGCAGAUGUGCUUCACGGUACAAUGAAUAUUUACAUAAAACCAAUAAAUGACCAGCCACCUGUUCGAGUGGUGAAUAAGACAUUUAAUGUGACCCUAAAUGGACAACACUUACUAACCACAGCAGAGCUUUGUUUUCAUGAUGCAGACUCAGAUUUUGAUGAUUCCAAACUGAUUUAUACUAAGUGGGGGACCUCCAAUGGUAAUAUUGUCUCUGCAGAUGACACUGCCCAUGAACUCUCUCGCUUCAGUCAGGAGGACAUGGAACAGAAGCGUGUGUUAUUUAAACAUCAUGGUGCUCAACAAGGAAAAUUCCAGCUGCAAGUGUCUGAUGGUGUACAUCAAACUGCAGCUGUGUUGGAAGUUCAUGCAUUAGAUCCUUACUUGAGAAUAGUCAAUAAUUCAGUUUUGUUGGUUCAGCAAGGACAAGAGUCAAAUAUCCAUGGCUAUUUUCUUGGUGUGGAGUCUAAUGUGGACAUUCGGAGUGAAGAAGAAAUAGUAUACAAAGUAACACAUCCCCCUAGACAUGGAAAGAUUCUAGUGAAUGGUGAACCAGAUCUGACAUUCUCACAGAAGGAUAUAAACAAUGGCCAAGUCGUUUUUCACCAUGACAACAGCAGGCAUUCAAGAGAUUCUUUUAAUUAUAUGGUUGAAGUGAAAGAGAUUAAAGCAGAGGGAAUUCUUCCCAUUUUGAUCUUUAUGGAAAGUCAUCGGCACCCGCCAGUUGUGGUCCACAAUGAAAAAGUCUUUGUAGACCAAGGAGGAGCAAAGAACGUUCUGAAGGAGCAACUUCUCGUAUCCCAUGAUGACAGUCUUCCAUCAGAUCUGAUCUACUCUGUGAAAGUUCCUCCUGUUUAUGGGCAUUUAGCCAUGGCCACUGAUGGUUGGCCAGCUGCUGGACAGAGACCCCUCAAGUCAUUUUCCCAGGAUGAUGUAAAUGGAGGCAGAGUUCAGUAUGUUAAUCAAAGGUUCAGCCCUCAGGGGGAUGCUUUCACACUGGACGUAUCCAAUGGAUUUAAGUCGGUGGAUGGACUAACAAUUGUGGUAGAUAUCAUCCCUGAUGUCAUUUCUUUGGAAACCCAGAAUAUCUCAGUGAGAGAAGGAGGUGCACGGGUCCUCAGUGAAGACAUUCUCAACAUUUCCAACUACCUUAACCCCUUGAAUUUUAAAUUUUACAUUACGAAAACCCCAGAACAUGGCAGGAUUGGGUACCAAAGGUCUCCUGAAGACAGCCUUUCAUUUUUCACUAUGAAGGAGGUUAAAGAAGAUGCAGUGUUUUAUUUUCAUGACAACAGUGAAACAUUGAUGGACAGUUUCACUGUGAUUGUAAAUGCUUCAGAGAUUGGCAGACAGAGCGAGGCGAUGACAGCCUAUGUAACUGUGAUCCCUGUUAAUGAUGAGCAUCCUGUCGUCACCAUUAACACUCAAUUGGAGAUGUGGGAAGACAGCAACGCUGAGAUUUCCCAGGAUUUACUGUACACUGAGGACCUCGAUAGCCCUGCGGAUCAAUUGCUUUAUUUUAUCAGGCCUCCAUCCAAUGGACAUGUGGCACUGAAGUCAACACCCAGUGACAGCAUCCUGGAGUUUACGCAGGCUGACAUCAAUGUGGGGCAGAUCACCUUCGUACACCAUGGAUCAGCGUCUGGAGGAUUCCAUUUUCGAGUGUCUGAUGGAAUUAACCAGACCCCCAGCCAGUUAUUCACAGUCAAGGCUAGAUCCUUGAAUAUUCAGAUCAAAACUGAGGAGCCUCUUGUUGUUUAUCCAGGAACACGCCAGCCAAUCACAACCAGGCACCUAACAGCGAGAACCAAUGAUGACAGCAAAGCAAACAACCGACCAAUCAUAUACACAAUUGUGACCGCUCCUGCCUUGGGACAACUAAUCGCAGUUCACAAAGAGAAUAUAACCAGGGAUGUUUUCAGCUUCACUGAAGGAGAUCUGGAGGCCACCAACAUUUUCUACCAACAUGAUUGGCCCAAGGAGCCCCUGUGGAAGUGUCAGGAUUCAUUCCAGUUUACGGUUUCCUCUCCCCCAGCAGUUACAGAGAAGCACAACCUGACACUGUGGAUCUCCUUUGAAAAUCAUGGUCCUGGACAAGGCACCCAGCUUUGGAGGAAUAAAGGCCUUAAACUGCCUCAAGGUCAAAGUGCAGCAAUUGACCAGUCAGCACUAGAUGCUUCCAACCUCCUGGCCUCAGUCCCCCUGCCCGUUCGGUCCACCUACGAUGUGAUAUUUGAGGUGACUGCUCAGCCAGUCCAUGGGUUUCUCUCCUUGUCUGGUGAAAGAAAGGUACGGCACUUCACACAGUCUGACUUGUUGUCGUCUGCACUGGAGUACACACACACCGGGUCAGGGUCACUGACUGACAGCUUCACCUUCCGAGCCCGGUUGGGUCGAAGGAGAAAGCCGUUAUCGUGGUCUGCAGAUGACAGAACUGCUAUUGUUAUUUCUGAGCUCUUUAACAUAACGGUGGUGCCAGUGAAGGGGCAUCCUCCACAGAUUGUGACCAUGGGAUUAACUCUCCGCGCACUGCAAGGCUCUAGCUUGGUGUUGACUCACGACCACAUGCACACUGUCGACCCUGAUAACUCGCCAGAAGAAAUUCAGUACAGCAUCGUCACAGGACCAGACAAUGGCUUCUUUGUACAUCAGGUUAACAGCAGCACAGCCAUAAAGCAAUUCACACAGGCUGAUAUCAAUGCUGGCAAAGUGCUCUUCAAAGCAGCUGGCCCACCAGCUAUGAGCAAAUUCCAUUUCAGAGUCUCUGAUGGGAAACAUUCAGCAGUUGGUGGGUCUGUUACUAUUGAAGUUUUGCCUGUCACUGUGACCAUGGUCCACAACAAAGAGACUGUAUUACUACAGGGUGAGCCAGCAGCGCCCAUAACCAGAGAGCAGCUUCUAGUAGAUACCAAAGGAAAUGGUAUAAUACUUUACAAAAUAACUCAGCAGCCAAGGCAUGGAAAGGUAACUGUAAACCAGGCUGUGGUGACUGAGUUCUUGCAGAAGCAGAUUGACAAUGGAGAACUGAGAUACCAUAUGACAGACUUUUCUGUUCACCAGGACAGCUUCCACGUUUGGGCCCUGACCCACGAGGGCAACGUAUCAGGCACGGUGAACAUUACAGUGCAACCACUGGUGAGAGUGGCCCGUGACCUACAGUGGCCCAGAAAUACCACCGUUUUGAUUGAUACAGAUGUUUUGGAUGCAAGUGAACUGGGCAAUAAAACCCAGAGUACUCCCUCCUUCCACAUCAUUCAACAGCCCAGGGUUGGAAAACUAAUCAGGGUGCAUAGACAGAAUGGAACUCAAAGUCUGCUCGGCAAUAACUUUACCCAGUCUGACCUUGAAGACAGAAGUAUAGCCAUUGAAGUCUUUGAUUCUGAUGAGGCUGGGACAUACCCAGAGUUGGAUGGCUUCCAAUUUCUCUUGAAAGCUGAUGGAGUGCCACCUGCCAUAGCUGCUUUGGAAUUUAGGACUGUCCCAUAUAUACCCAAUCAGCAUUACAACGCCACACUGCUUAAGAUCUCCUCCCUGAGUAGUACAAAGUCACCAAGUUCCAGCAGAAGCCCUACAGCACAGGAUGGAGGUGAAAUGGAUGUGUACACUCCUACAGUAACGUGGAGUCCCUUUGAAUUUGGAGGAAGAGGCAAUGAGCCAAUAUCGGUCAGUGUGACAACAGAGUUCCAACCGACAGCAAGCAACGAGAGAGCCCUCAGGGCAGCAGGCAAUAAUCUCAUAGCGAUCAUCAUUGCUGUUAUCCUAAUCAUUUUGCUGUUGCUGGUUUUUGCAAUAAUUGUAAUCUACAUUACAAAACGCAACAAGACAGGAAAGCACAAUGUGCAGGCACCUCCAUCAAAACCCAGGAAUGGUGCAGUGGAGAAAGAGACCUUUCGGAAAACAGAUCAUGUUCAGUCUGUCCCUCUAGUGAAUAUCAGGCCACUGAAUGGCACAGAAAUACAAUCCAACAGUGGCCAUGUUAACCCUGAAGUCAACCAGUUCUCCCAGACAAGCAACCCUACAGUGAAAACCAAUCACUACUGGGUAUGAUCCCUGUGCCAGUGUACUCCCCCACCAUCCCUUCUCAGGAAGGUGCUUCAAGCGAGUUACAACCACAUCUUUCUCUGCACCUUAUGAACUGGAGACAGGAAGGUUCCCUUUGUGCCUUUACGUUUACAUCGCAAUAGAGUCCCAGCCGGAAGAAAAUCUUCCAUGCUGGAUGGCAUUCCUGCUACAUCUAAAUGUCUGUUGAAGGGUAAUGGAUCAUUUUGCAAACCAAACCAAUGCCUGCUGCCAGACGACCCUGUCCACGUUCCAGAAAUUAAAGUAACUGGUUUUUUAAAAGAAUGUAUCAAAAUAAUAUUUAUUCCAAUUUCAAGCAAGCCCUUGGAGAAGCAACCCUGCUGAAGUGCAACCUUGCCAACUUGGUAAUGACUUGGACUUGCUGUGGUGAGGUUGUGAUGGGAUUUGGGGCUGUGUUUGUUGUAUGCUGCAAUAGGAUUAAUAAAGGUUUGGUUCUUUAGUGGGGCAUUGCUCCGGUUCAGAAUGUAUUCUACAGUGGGCUAAGAUUUGUAGAAUGAUACCAUCACAUGAAUGACACCAUCCAUUUCACUAGGAUAUAAAAGCUUGCAGAUUCCCAGUGACUAGUGUGUUGGUUUUGAUCAUUUCCCUAUGUUUUAUGUGAUAUGUUUUAUUUGCUGUAGGUUUCUAAUCCUGCUGAUGAUUGGUUAUUGGAUCCUUGAUUCCCUGUAGUCCUGCCUGAUCCCAGUGUAGUAAGGAAACAAGUAGAAGCUAACGCACCUCCUCUUGCACCAUGUGUUCCACUGCCUUCCUGAGUUACACUGUUUAUUGUUGUUGACCACCCAGCCUGACCCAACUCAGGCCAGCUGACUGGUUGGCUUCAGAUAGUCUGGCAAUCCCACACCUUCCACGUUACCCUUUCCUAUUGCUAGAGCCUUCUCUAUCCUUGCCUCUGAGUCCAGCUGCUUGUGCCUCCUCCACAACUGACGGUCUUUUCAUCAGUUGCCUGGACUGUUGUGGAAUUCCUUCCCUAAACCUCUCUCUCUCUCUUCCUCUUUAACUUCAUGUCCUUGCUUUGGCUGUAUCCUCCAGAUUGCUUCAAGCUUCUCUUCCCAGUACCCAUGGCCACGCUGACACAGUGCAAGGACCUGACCUUGCCCCAGCUGCACCAGCGUGUCACAGUUGCUAGAAGUCUGAUUGUCUGAAAGUUGAAGGUUGAUUAUCCAUUCCAGAGCCCUGACAACACGAUCCACGCUCAGUUAUGCCUGUUCAGUACUGAGGGAAUGCUGCACUGCAGGAGGUUUUGGCUCGUGGGUGAGAAGUUAUACUGAGGCCUGGUCUGCUCUCUCAGCUGGAUUUAAAAUAUCCUGUGGCAUCAUUCAAACAAUUUCUCCAUGGUGUCUUGUCCAUGUUAUCCCUCAGACAACAUCCGCGAAAUAGAUUGACAUUAUUUGUUGGAGCUUUCUGUUGUUGCAUUAGGAGUACAAAUGCUUUCAGAAGUUUUUCCUUGUUUGGAUGUUAUAAAACAAUCUGAGUGUUACUUUCUUUUAACAAGAUGCAAUCUACUGACAGUUUAGCAUCUGCACUCUUCAAUAUUGGUGCCAUUCAGAUGGAAUACAAUUGGGCCCCAGGGCAAUGUUUGAAGAUGUUGUUGUGUGAAUGAGUGUUGAUGUCUGCCGGUCUGAUACCAGACAUGGAUCUGGCUUCCACCAUGUUACACUACUGCAGAGAUGGUGGUGCCUCAAGAUAUGAAAUUGGCUCAUACUCACACUCAAGCUUCAGUUGACAGGAGUGUUGAGUGAUUGCUUUUAUUUAAUCCAAUGACUAUGGGGGAUUGGUCCCCAUCUCCUGCAGCCCUGCCCUAGCAUGUGAACACCAGUUCUGGCCCAUUGUUGUCAGAGUGGGAAUUCCCAGAAAUAUAUCAACCCUUCCAUAAAGCAUUGUCUGCAGGGAAAUCAGAGCAGCAAUCACUCAUUCUCAGGUCUGAAUAUGUUAUAAUUAACCUUUUUUUAAUCAUGUGCACUGCCUAGGGUUCAGUUUGUUGAAGUUGAAACUUCAUGAGUCAGAAAACCAACUAAAGUUCAUGUAACCCCAGGAAAAGUUCUAUAGAAAUCUUUCUCUUGUCCUCACAAGAAACGUUAUCAAGUGCAACUGGUCAUAACACCCAUCUGGCUGACACACAUGUACCGUUCCAAUGAACCCAGUGUCGAGGUCCAUGCAAUACUUGUGCACUCUUCCAGGAGGAGGUCAGGA